AUGGGGUUUGACAUCGACAAUACCCUGUUGCUCAUGAAGUACAUCAAGGACGACAUGCUCGAGUGCAUGAUGCUGCUGCUCAUGGGCGUGUCACUGCUGCUCAUGAAGUACAUCAAGGACAACAUGCUCGAGUGCAUGAUUCUGCUGCUCAUGGGCAUGUCACUGCUGCUCAUGAGCAAGGAAGACAUGCUCGAGGGCAUGAUGGUGCAGCUCAUGGAAGUGUUGAUGCUGCUCCUAAAGUGCAUCAAGGAUGGCAUGCUCGAGGGCAUGUUGCCGCAACCCCUACGCAUGCCAUUGCUGCUCAUGAAUCACAACAAGUGCGUCAUGGUCAAGGGCAAAAUUGUGGCACUUGGAUUCGAAGAAACUACAGCUAGCAAUGCAACAGAGCAAAUUGAAAAAGGGGUGCCAAAGCUUGGCAUGCAGUUUUUAUCUGAAGAAGAAGCUUAUUCCUUCUAUAACAAGUAUGCUUAUUCCAUGGGUUUUAGCAUCCGAAGAGGCAAUCAACAUAAAGUAAAAAAUUCUAGUACAAUACAACAACGGACAUUCACAUGUUCUCGUCAAGGAGUUCGUGCGGAAGAUAAAAGAGAGGAGAAAUUCAGUUAUAGUAGGCCUGAGACACGAUGUGGUUGUGAUGCACGUAUGAAGAUAAGUCUUAAUAAUGGGAUUUAUUAUGUAUACGAAUUUAAGGAAGCCCACAACCAUAGUCUUGCUACUGGAAAUAUGUCGCAAUACUUAAGAUCACACAGGAAAGUAACUGAAGCUCAACUAGCCAAUGCUGAGGCCGCAAAGUCAGUGGGCAUUUCAAAUAAAGCAACUAUUGAUCUAAUGACGAAAGAGGCAUGUGGACCUGAAAACCUUGGCUUUAUAAGCACAGACAUGAAAAAUCGUUUGUACUCAAAGAGAACACUAAAAGCAAAGGUGGGUGACACUGGUGGAGUGUUAGAAUAUAUGGAGAAGAAGGUUUCAGAAGAUGUCAAGUUUUUUUAUUCAAUUCAAGUUGAUGAGGAUGAUUUGAUAACUAAUAUAUUUUGGACGGACUCCAAAAUGGUCUCAGACUAUGCAUUAUUUGGUGAUGUCAUAUGUUUUGACACCACAUACAGGAAACUAGACGAUAGGCGUCCGUUUGGUUUAAUUGUUGGUGUAAAUAAUCACAAGAAAACAAUUGUGUUUGGUGCUGCACUUCUCUAUGAUGAACCAGCAGAAAGUUUUGCUUGGCUUUUUAGAACAUUUUUAACAGUAAUGUCUGGAAAGCAUCCACAUACAACUCUGACUGACGAAGAUGCGGCAAUGGCUAAGGCGAUCCGUUCAGUCCUGCCUCACUCUCACCAUAGACUUUGUGUGUGGCAUAUGAAUCAAAAUGCUAUCAAACAUCUUGGUGGAGUUUUACAGAUUACAAGAAGUUCAAUGCUGAUUUUCAGCAUUGUAUCUAUGAUAUUGAGGAGGAAGAUGAAUUUAUAA